AUGUCAUCUUUUUUUCUCAAAAGAUCACGUAGUUGCUUAUCGCUUCUCUCUCAGAACACUAGAACCAAAACUACAACGCUCAGCUCCACACAGCUUCAUAAUUUCGUUGACUCUAAUCAAAUUCACUCGCGUUCACCUUCAGGGUUCUCUUCAUUAUUUAUUGAAGUUACGAAAAACCCAUCUGGGUCUAAUCAAAAUAUUGCCAAAGUAUGCUCUUUUGAGUCUAGGAACUUAGAAGAUACGACUUUGGCAUCUGGGUAUUGCAUUUUGAGGCAAGAUAUUUUAAAAAGUCCAUCUGGGUUUAGGCUUUUUGCUACACAGGCUGCAGUUGAACCUUCAACUUCUGAUGGGCUCACUGUUGAAGGAAUUGUGGCUAAUCAAUGGAUAAUUCUUGAUGAGAGUGAGAGUGACUGGAAGAGUCAUGCUGCUGCUAUUGCUCAAUCUAUUAAAGUUAUCAAGAAACGGUUGCAGUGGAAGAAAUUGAUGGUUAGGUUGAAUCUGUUAUCUGCUGAGCUCAAUAAGCCUAACCUUUGGGACGAUCCUGUACAUGCUGGAAAGAUUAGCCGUGAGCAUGGUUCACUUAUGGGUAAAAUGAAAGAAGUGAAGACAUUUGAACAAGAAUUGCUUGAGCAUAUUGACAUGAUCAAGCUUGCUCAAGAAGAAGGGGACACUGAGCUGGAAUCGGAAUCACUAAAAGCUUUGCUUUGGAUGAGAAGAAAUUCAAAGGAGAAAGAACUUGAAGCUCUCUUAUCAGGAGAGCAUGAUCCUUGCUCUUGUUACAUAGAGGUUCAAGCUGGUGCUGGGGGUACUGAAAGCAUGGACUGGGCAUCAAUGGUCAUGCAGAUGUAUAAAUCAUGGGCUCAAAAGCGUGGAUAUGGUGUAACCCUAGUGGAUGAAAUGGCAGGUGAAAUGGCAGGAAUCAAGCGAGCAACAAUCAAAGUAGAUGGUGAAUAUGCAUUUGGAUAUGCCAAAUCAGAAGUAGGAGUGCACAGGCUGGUACGAGUCUCACCCUUUGACAGUGGAAAACGGCGGCAUACAUCAUUUGCUGCUGUUGCUGUAAUUCCAAUCUUGGGUGAUGGAUCUACAUGUGUACAAAUUAACGAAUCUGAUCUCCGAAUUGAGCGAUUUCGUUCAGGGGGAGCUGGUGGGCAGCAUGCCAACACAACUGAUAGUGCUGUGAGAAUAAUUCACAUUCCUACAGGAAUCACUGCUACUUGCCAAAAUGAAAGAUCACAACAUCAAAAUAAGGCUUCGGCAAUGGCUGUGCUUCAGUCUAGAUUAGACCAGCUUGAGAUGGCGCGCCAGGCCCAAAUGAAUGCACAUCAUACACAAUCUCUUACCGACAUAAGUUGGGGCACUCAGAUACGGAGUUAUGUGCUCCAUCCUUACCGCAUGGUGAAGGACCUCAGAACUAACUAUGAGGUUUCUGAUCCUGAUUCUGUUCUCGAGGGAGAUCUAGACAGCUUCAUCUUGAGUUAUUUAUCAGCUAGCUUGGAUAAAGAAGAAGAUCAACAAUAGGAUUAUUCCCGAAAAUAGUGGUGAAACCCUGCAUAGUCAGUGAAGCUAAACAUGGAGUGAAUCAUCUAACUUGUGGUUCUGGGGAUUUCAGUACCCUAACAAGAGAAGCUACAAUGACAGUCCUAUAGCAUUUGUUUAUUUAUUAGAAGGAUGAAAUGUAAUCAUUCUCACAAGUUACUUGUUUGCCAUAUAAACAUAUGUAUUAAUUUAUUAUCAAGUUUUGGUUUCUAAUUGCUGCUAUAGUGUAACCAUAUUUCAUAUA